GACUAGUAAAGAGUUACUUCUGACACCUGUAGUUGUUAGUCGUAAUGAGAAAGAAAAGGUUUUAAUAGAAGGCAGUGUCAAUUCACUGAGGAUAAGCAUUGCAGUCAAACAGGCUGAUGAGCUGGAGAAGAUUUUAUGCCAUAAAUUUAUGAGAUUCAUGAUGAUGAGGGCGGAAAACUUUUUUAUUUUGAGAAGAAAACCUGUUGAGGGCUACGACAUCAGCUUCUUGAUUACAAACUUCCACACAGAACAGAUGUACAAACACAAACUAGUAGACUUUGUUAUUCAUUUUAUGGAAGAAAUAGACAAAGAAAUCAGCGAGAUGAAGCUGUCUGUAAAUUCCAGAGCCCGUAUAUGCGCUGAGGAAUUCUUGAAAAAUUUUUGAAUAAAUGGGGACUGUAUAAAGCUGCCGUUUGAUGUCGACAAGGUCUGUACUCGGUAUUACACACAGAGAGACUGGAAUAUUUUCACAUCUAGGAUUAUUUUAGCUUGGUAGUAAGAGAAAAUGUUGAUUUUAUUUCUUCAAAUUGUGUACUCUCAAGCUCUUGAGCUUGUUCGUGUUUGUCUCUCAUAGAUAUCAAUUUUGACUGAGAGCCACCAUAUAGACGUGCCCAGUAACUAAAAUAAAAAAUGUUCUUAUAUCUUAAAGUUUGAAAAAAAAUUAUGUACCUUUAUCAUACGGCUACAGAGAUGAGUUACAAACAUUGAAUAUCAAUGGUACACUUGAACUUAUUCAUUUACAGUUUGGAAAUAUUGCAAUUUUCAAGUAUCAAAUAAUAAGUAUGUUUUUUUUAACCCUUAUUUUAUUUGCCUUAAGACUGGAUUAUAGCAUGAAAUUACAUCCUUUAUGGACCCCCCCCCCCAGAUGUCAUACAUCCUGGUGCUUGCAUGCCCCCCCCCCCUCCCCACAGAGGUCAUGAACCCUGUGUCAGUUGAGCAUGUUGUAAUAAUUUUCUUAUCUUGAAUAACAGUUCAAGGUUUGCAAAUGUGUAAUCUUUAAGUGUGGUAUAUUGUAUACUUUACAUUUGUAUUGCAAUCUUCUGAGCGCUUUUCUAAUACCUGCAAAACUGAAAAAAACAUGUACAAUUUUUAAAAUACACAUUCUGGGAAUACACAAGGCACAACAAACAUAAAACUCCCUGAGACCUGAAUACUAAGCACUCUUUUCACUGAUUUCUAGCAAUGUGUGUCUGUCUAGGAAUAUUAUGUAAUCAUCUCAUAAUUCUGCGACUUCAGGUGGAAUCUUGCACAUCACAACAGUUGCAAACCUGUAUCUCAUGAUUCUAUGUUGAUUUGAUUUUAUUCAGAGUUCACUGUCACUAUUUUAUCAAGUACAAAACAAUCUCCUAUUGUGCUAUACCUUUACAAACAGGUCGUGUUUAAUCUAUAUUCUUCACAUGAUUUAUUACGCACACAAUGAAGUCGCGCAUGAACAUAGUGUCCUUUACUUAUUCCCAGGGGAGCCGUUAAUUUUAAUUUGUUGAUGAUCUUUACAUUACUUUGUGGGGGUUUUCUAUGUGAAAUAAAAGUCUUCCUUUCAAGAAGUAAAAUUUCAAAUUAAUUGCUUGUUCUAGUUUGACUUAAUUUGUCACUAGCCUAUUUAGAUGGUUGGUUAAGGUUCGAAUAUCGUGGGUUGUAUGUUUUCAUAUAUUAGUUACUACAGUUCCAAUCCAUGUAAAUACUGGUAGAUUAAAAUAUACAUUUUAAAAACAAUAGUCUGUGUGAAAUGUGGAAAAAAUUGAAUAAUGUUUAUCACAUAUAUAUAGCAGUGUAACUUUCCAAUUUUACAAGCCCUGCUAAAAAGCUACCAGCAUGUGUUAAAUAUUAUUUUAAAAUACUUUUGAAAUAAUUGCAACAAACACUUUGCAGAUAAUGUGUAAUUUUAAAGUUUCUAUUUUAUGUUUUUGCAUUGUUUGUAUCAGUCAUCAGAGGCGAGAAUGGCCUUAUACCAAUAAUAGUAGUAUUCAGUAAAAAUGUUAUUGAAGCAGACCAUGAAAAAAUGUUACCAGACCACUCGGCAUGCAAGUUUUUUCAAUUUUUACCAGCUCGACAAAUGUAACCAUCAUUGGUGUACAGUAACUUCAUACAUUGCAUUCAGACAGUAGAAUGGAAGUAUCUCUGGUUACAACAUUUGAGGCAUUACUCAUUCUUGUUGCGUUCCUGGAAUAAGAUUACCGGAUGUUACUUGAAGACCAGGCUAGACACCUGACAGGAAACCUGUAAGACAUCAACAAACAAACUGAAGAAAAAGCACUACUGUAGAAUAUAGAGUAGUUCAUCUUAUUUACAUACAGACAUUUUAAUAUUGGCGUUUAUAUGUUAUGAUGUUAAAUGGUGGUAGUCAUGGCAAUGCAGCAGAUGUGGGUCCCAUAAAACCAUUGUUGGUUUACUUGGAACAUUUUUGAAUAUUCAUCAUCAGGUCCCUAUGGUGACUGCCACCUUUUAAUGAAAUGAACAUUAUGAUAAAUUAAUCUCUCACUUGUGCAAAAAAAUCACUUUUUAUGGAAACACAAAUUUGAAAUAAAUCAGAUUAUUCAUAA